GCGCAUCGAAACACAUUUCUUUUUACUCGAUCCAUUUUAGUCGGUUCAGUUCCAGCCAUGAAAUCCGUACUGUCUCUGUUGGUGAUCUUGGGUUUAUCCAGUGGUCAAUACUACAAUAGGUACGACAGCUUCAGGCCAUCUCCUGUGGAUUUGUUAGCCAAUACCCAGAACAAUUACGAUGAUUACCUGAACGAUGGAUCAUCAUCCACGGAGUACAACUUUCCCAGUUUCGGGAUGAACCCACCGCCGAUUCCUGUCUUCGAUAAACCUCUGUUCGCCGCAGCGGAAUACCCGUAUCCGGCUGCUACUUCCGGGCAAAUCGAUAACUACAACAAAGCCAUUCAGCAGGCUCAGGAGGAGGAUCACCAGGAGCUUUUGGAUUCCUUGCAGGAGCAGAGUUUCGGAAGGAAUUACGUGGACGUGAAGUUGGGAAGAGCUCAGAACAACCUCCAGUACCAAUACACGUACUAAUCCAUCGCCAUAAUAUGUCAUAACCAUUAGAUAAGUGAACUGAGCAGUAUUAAGAUUACGCAAGGAGGAUCGUCGAUUAAUGUAAUCGAAGAUCGAUUUUAUAUAUGUAAUAUAUUAGUAUACAGAAAAAAAAAGUGAAAGUAAAAAAAAAGUGCCUGAAGGAAUUGUGCGGAGAGAAAGAUGCAGUAAACGUACACGAAAAUCUUAUGUGUUUUUAUUUAAAUCUUUAAUUCCGCACGUGAAAUAAUCAGGCGAUUAUUGAGAAACCCGGAAUUCUUCGGCCGGAGACCCUGAGGUGCGACCUUGCCAUCAACCUCUUGCUCUCGUAAUUGCUCGGAUUCGAAAUUGCGAAAGACGAAAUAAUCUGUAUGGGUUUUCGUUACUCCUACGACCUUCGCGCACUUCUAAUUUUACCGGAGCACCGGAAACGCAGCACCUCGUUCAAAGACAAAAAAAACAAAAGAAGUUCCAGCAGAUUCGCAAUACUGGACACUACUUUUUCUUUAUUUCUGUCUCUCGUGUGAAUAUCAAUAACAUCCAUUAUUCAUUCAACACCGCAGACAUCUUCACCGUUAAUUACCAAAACGAAAACAACUUUCUUUCUCUUUCAACUUUUCCGAUCGAUCGGACGCAGUGAAUUUUCGCACGUUUCCAUUGUUGUGAUCGCAUAACCGAACUUGCGGGUAAUUGCGUCCUCGCUCCCCAUUGCGUAUUUGUACAGAAGAAAUACAAUAAUGGUAAUAACGAAAAAAAAUGGAGCAAGUGUUUUCGCAUGUCGCAAACCAUUCUGUGCAAUGUUUGUAUCAUUUUGUUUGCAAUCUAUUACUACGUGUGUGUUUUUUUUUGCAUUCCUGCGUUCGCAUUUAAUAUAUUUUAUAGACGUGUUUACGCAGAUCUUCCAAACAGAAAAAAUUACGCAGGCUUCUACUCUCCAUUCAUUUCUUUCC